AUGGCCUAUUCGACGAACGGGCCGCGUAUAUUUGACGUCAUCCUCGCAAACGGGGGGCUGUUGAGCGCAGAUGACACCACGGGUAGGUCCUUUGUGGACGCCUUCUUCGACGUCCCCAUCGUGGCCAUGUCGGACUCGGCUGAGGCCACCAAGGAGGCGAUGCACGCAGUGGAGCUGGGGGCGGUGGACCUGCUGAGCAAGCCCCUGUCCAUGCUGAAGCUGAAGAACAUCUGGCAGCACUCCAUGAUGGCCACCCCCCACCUCCUGCCCGUUGACGCCAUGUUUGACACGUCCAUGCUCACGCUUUCCUCCUGCUCCAGCCUGGACCUGCCAUGCACCCCCUCCGCGGAGGACACCCCCCUGGCCGACGUCUUCUCCUCCUCCUUCUCGGCGGUGGACUUCUCCGACCUGUCCAUGGACCUGGACGUGGUGGAAAGCACGGCCAGCUUCGCCAUGGACCAGGGCGUGGAGCGCACCGGCGGUGUCAGCUCCCAGGUCGGGAGCAAGCGCGCGGGCGCGGCCCAGCCCUACACCCGCCCGCCCCUGGCCUUCAAGCCCUCCUCCUUCGGUCCCCUGGUGCAGGUGGGGCCGGCGGUGGUGCCGGUGGCGGCGACCUCGGAGGCCGCGGUGCUGCCGCCCCCGGGCUUCCUCAAGGCCAUCGCGGAGAGCGCGGCGGCGGAGGGCGGCCCCCUGGGCCUGACCCUGCGCAAGUCCUCCUCGCUGCUCAGCCUGUGCAACCAGGUGUCGCGCGGCAAGGCGCGCUUUGUGUGCUGA